AUGUCUUUCUCUUAUGGCAAGGAGUUUAUAUGCCAGCAUCUCCAUCCAACCACAGCCAACUUCACCGACGAUGAUCUGCCGCCACAAAAAGGUCGUAUCAUUAUUGUGACUGGUGCAUCCUCCGGCAUAGGUGCUGAGCUUGCUCGCAUGCUCUACACUAAGCAUGCCACUGUCUAUCUCGCUGCUCGGUCCCAAGAGAAGCUCGAGAAGGCCAAAGCCGCGAUCGAAGCGGCCGUACCACAAAGCGAGGGCCGCCUUGAAUUAUUGUUGCUCGAUCUCAGCGACCUUGCCAGCAUCAAGCGCAGUGCUGAAGACUUUCUCGUUCGUGAGAAGUCUCUCCACGUGCUUAUACACAAUGCCGGCGUCAUGAUACCACCUUCGGGUUCGAAGACCAAAGACGGCUACGAUCUGGAGAUGGGCACGAAUUGUCUCGGGCCCUGGCUCUUCAAUCACCAUCUUCUGCAGCUCAUGAUGAAGACCACUGCCCAUCGCUUGGAAGAGGGCUGCAGUCCAGAAGUGGCGCGUGGCCGCAUCAUUUUCGCCGCAUCGAGCGCCAUACUGACUGCGCCAGCAGGCGGUGUCGUCUAUGAUAAGACAAGUGGUGCGCCUAAGAUCCUGCCCAAGCCAUUGGAUAACUACUCGCAAUCGAAAGCGGCCAAUGUCUUCCUGGCCGUCGAGGUGGCUCGUCGAUAA